AGCAGGAGCAGGAGCAGGAGCAGGAGCAGGAGCAGGCCCUCCUGCGGCAGCGGGCAGAGGAAGAGGCCUGGGAGACGCAGAUGGCCUUGGACAGGCUGCUCUUCACGCAUCAGCUACAGCAACUGAUGGAGAAAUGUGAGGCCUGCGGCCGGCUGGGGAUGGCUUCAAAGCCGGAGCAGCCACAGGUCCCUGAGGGCCCAGCGCCCACGACACCAACCCAGAGCCCCAAGCAGGCCAGAUCCAGGCGAGGCCAAGGCCCAGGGUCACCCACAGCCAUGGGCAGAGAUGUGACCAGGUGCUCCUGGGACCCUGAGGGGGGGCAGGCCAGUGUGGACGGCAAGCCAGCCUCUGCAGGGCUGACCACACCUGACCCAGCCCCAGUCCAGCUACACCUGGCCAGGCUCUGCCCUGCGGACAGCCCCAACCCCCAGGGGAGCGCAGCUGGAACUGGGAGUGCCAAGCCCGGAGCCGCAGCUGGCGGGGCCGCUGUCGGUCCCUCCUUAGCCGCGUCGGAGCACAGCCUGCGGGCGGAGGGUCUGCGCGCGCAGCACUGGGGCCCGCUGCUGCGCUUGCGCGAGACGACGGCGCUGGAGGAGGAGGCCAGGCAGGAGCACCAGCGGGGCUGUCUGGGGCAUCCAGGCCCCCAGGCCACAGGGGCUGCCUUGGUGGAGAAGACACGGCAGGCCCUCAGCAGGCUGGAGGAGGCACGGAGGGAAAUCCGGGGCCUGCGGAACCUGCACGGGUCGGUGUGCCUGGGCAGGCAGCAGCUGCUGCAGCAGCAGGAGGCCAUAGCGCAGCGCCCACUGCCACCAUUGCCGCAGAGUCCUGGCACCCAAGUCAAGGCUGCCUGGGAAGGGGCCUCUGAGACAGGCCUGCAGCUGGAGGGAGCCCCGUGUCCCCCGACACUAUGCAGGCCUGGCAACCCCACCGGCCCACAAGCCCAAAGAGGUUCUGCGAGUGCAGUGGGCACAUGCCUCGCCUCUGAGCAGUGGGAGGAGACACCCAAGACACCUGCGGGUGCUCCCAGCCACCAGCAGCUUCCAAGGCCGGCCUCGGGAGAGGCCACAGCCAAGGCCAGCAGCCCGCCGGAGGAGGGAGGCAGCUGUGUGGACCAAGAGCCUUGCAACCCUCACGUGGGCCAUCUUCACUCACACUCGCUGGAGCCUGGACAGCUGCUGAGCUCCGCCUGUCCUACCCUCCAGGCAGAGGGGGACACCCCUGCAGCUCAGCUUGCGGUGCAGGCGGCACCAGAGCCCCCCGCAGGGGACUCUAAGACUCAGGCCGGAGCCCACCGGGCUGAGAAGAGGCCUGCGGCUCCAAGGGAUGGCCCUGCACAUGACUGCCAGGGACAGCACCUGCAACGCCCGGGAGCAGAUGGUCCUCACGGUCCCCAGGAAGCAAGUCAGACAGCAGAAGAAAGCACAUGCCAAGCUGGACUAUGCGUCACCGAGAGCCCCAUGGGGGAGCCCCUGGAAGUGGAGAGCAGGUCACCCAGUGAGCAGAGGACAGAGACCUGUCAGCAGGACAGCAGCAUCCCACUGGCUGCCUCCCCAGCUCCUGUGGCUUUGAAGAAGGAGGCACACCCCACCCAGCCUAGGCCUGCCACCCCCGUGCACCCUGGCUCCGAACUUGCCACUGGGCUUUCCUGGAAGUCUUCAGGUUCCCUGGCAUCACCCCCUCUGUCCUCGGCAGACUCUGGGAGUGGCCUGUCCUGCUCUUCCCUCCAAGAGUUUCGGAAAGCCACAGCCAUCCUGGUCCAGCUUUCUGACAGCUCCCUCUCCCUGUCCAGCCCUGAGGCUGAGGGCAGUGUGGGCACCGGCCCCAGCUGGUCAGAGGAGCUGUCUGCUCACGGGGACUUUGGCCCACCCGCAUCUUGGGGGCUGCGGCAGGGUGACCCUCAGCCAGGUUCUGUUUCUGGGGGUUCCGGGCCAGUGACCCAGCAGAGGCUUGAAUGUGGCCAGGCUGCCCCCUCGCUUGGCGCUCCUGGGGAGGCAGCCUCGGCAGAGAACUCCAUCCCAAAGCGGAGCUCCCUGCAGGCAGAGUGGCCACCACCUCCCCAAGACGCCAGUUCUCCAAGGUCCGGGUCGGAGCUAUCAGAUGCCUCCAGCCAAAUUUGGGAUGAGGACAUUGGGGAGGACCUGCCAGAGCCUGGCCGCGGUGCCCAGCCCUGCUCUGGGAGUGCCUUGCCUCCUGGCUGUUCCAGCUGGGAGCGCAGCAUGGCUUUGACCACCUCUGGCCCAGGGCAGGGGCAGGCACCUUCUGGAGCCAGCUGGAGCCUGGGUGGUGGGUCGAACACAGGGAGCCCCAAGCAGGUGUCUUCUGAGGCCACCUCCACUGGUGACGUAGGCCUGUCACUGUCAUUUCCUCCAGGGACCUCUGCAUCCGAAAGGGCUCGCUGCUGGGAGAGGCCCCAGGGCCUGAGCCUAUCCUCUGGAAGGAGCCCCCCACAGGCCUCUGCAAGGCCUGAGGUGCCCUGUGGGCUGGCAUCUCCUGUGGCUAAGGGCCAGGCAGCUGGGCGUGCAGGGCAUGGGACCCCUCAGGGCCCAGAGCAAGCAGGCCCCCCACAUGGCGCUGGCUUCCAGGUGGAGAUCCCGCCCCCUGUGCACAAGGAGUGGCAUUAUGGCAGUGGGACACUCCCAGGUGCCCUGUCCUGGGAUGCCCGCCUCCUGCCACCGCCUCCCCCUCCCCAUACAGACAGUGAUGAGGAUGAGGCCCAGCCCUGCCCUGACGACUUCCCUUCCCCACCCCAAGAGGCCAUGGCUCCCCAAGACUCCCUGGAGGAGGACACCUCCAUCACCGAGGACUUGUCCUUGUCCGAGGAGGCCCUGCGGCAGGCUCCGUCGCUGGGUCCCCAGGAGUUGGGGCUCUGCCUGAAGGCACCCUGGCCAUGCCGAGACCCCGAUAGUCAACAGGCUGGGUCAGGGUCCACAAUAGAGACUCAGGCCUCCGGUGGUCAGUGGUCAGAACAGGUCACCUGGCCAGAGUCGCCCUUGGGUGUAGGGGUAGGCAGUGUCCAUGGGGGACUCCCAAGGGCACCGGCACAGCCCUUGCUCCCAUCUCGAGUAGCCUGUGCUGCUGGGGAGGGUCUGCCCAGACUAUUGGGGGCCAGUGACCCCAGUGUGGUCAGUGUGGGGCUCUGCGCCCUCACUGAAGCCCCAGGCCAGUGCGUGAGGCCCCAGGAAGGGCUGCGGCGCUUUGCGAGUGCUCUGCGCCAGGGAGGCUCGGGCACCCCUGCCAGCCCUUCCCCAGGCCCAGUGCCCUUGGUGGCCCGUGGCCAGGCGGGGUCCCCUGGGCACACUGGUGAGGAGGGUGCAGAAGGCCUGGCCUGCUGGGCAGAGGACUCCCUGGGCAAGGAGCUGCGCCCAGGGAAGCAAUCGGCCACGGGCCACGGGCCACUGGGCACCUGCUCUAAUCUCAUGGGCACAGAGAGGGAUGGGGCUGUGGUCCUGGUGUCUACCCAGCUCACCCAGAGGAUCCUGUUGGACUCCAUGGCUGCGCUGGCCCCUGGGGGAAGCCCCUAGACUCUGGGGUGUCACAGUGUGUGUGUGUGUGUGUGUGUGUGUACGUGUGUACGUGUGCAUGUGCGCACACAUACAAGAACCUCCCGGAGAGCUAGCCCCUCCCUCCUGGGGUAGCCGGGUCAGGUGAGUGGCCAUCCGUGGCCGGCUGUGCGGGAAGCCAUCUGACGGGGUGUCCGUUGUCUAGGAGUUCUCGAGGCCCUGACCUACGUCAGAGGCCAGUGUGGUGGAUGCUUCUGGGCCACGCAGAGGCUGCUGCUCUGGGCGGGGCGAGGAGGCCACCACGGUGGGCACAGAGGAAAGUGGGAGCCAACCAGGCAGGCAGGGCGAGGACAGGAAGAGCCAGGGCGUGUGGAGCUCCCGGGGCUGAGUGCAGAGAGGACUCGAGGGGUGGCAGCUUGGGCCUGGAGGCCACUUCAGCCCUGACCAGCACGGCUCGGGGCUCGUCCCCUUGGCUGGGGUCACUUCCGGCACUGUGGACGUCUCCUGGUCUCCAGUGGUCUCACUGUCUCCCACGCCCCCUCUUUUCUCGGUAUCCCCUCAAGGCCACCCUGCCUCCUUCGUGUCCCGGCGGGCUCCAUAUCCAGUGCCCCUGAGU